AUGGCACAGAGUGGAAACGGAGCAGUAUGUGAAAGUGAUGUUACAUCACUUGGUACCGGACAAGGGCUGAACUUUGAUGAUGAUACACUGAAAGGUAAAGAUUCUUACAACUGUUAAUAGUGUAUCACCAAAUGGCCUUUAACACAGCAAACUAAAAAGUGUUGUUGUCAAUGUGGUCAUAGCCGCCAAAUGUUUAUAUUUAUCUAAUUAACAAUGUUUUUAUGAGGAAUUUUUAUCAACAAAGUAUUAUCAGUAACGAAAGCUGUUGCAAAUUAUGACUAUUAUCUUCUUAAGUUCUAUAAGGCUAUGAUAUAUAGAGGAUAUUACACGGUGGCGAGAAGAUAUGAAUUUUAUGUUCGAGUGGCAAGAACAAUAUCUCACUCGUUCGCUUCGCUCACUCGUGAGAUAUUGUUUUUGCCACGAGAACAUAAAAUUCAUAUCUUCGAGCCAACGUGUAAUGUUCUUUUUAUUAUAUGGAGAAACCAUUUCAACAAAAGCAAAAGGCGGGAAUCGAGACGUCAUUGAACGAUACGACACUCACAAAGGUGACAUACGGAAAAUACGCCACUCGGGUCCCGGAUGAAGUGGCGUAUGGAAUCUACCAGUGGUUUAGUUCCCAGUAAAACACUCUCCUCCAUAUAAUAAACAAGUAAAUUUAACCGAGUUUCAUUUAAUUGGACCAAAAAGAAAUAAUAUGUUUUUGAAGAGUUAUUCUAAUGAUGGCACAUUGCUGCAAAUAACUCCUGAUUCUGUUUUUAAACAGUGCCGCUUCAGUAAUAUAACGCGUGACAGAACCGUGUAACUCGCUGCUACUAAAUGGAUUGACUACGUAACAAAAUAAUGAAUAAUUGAAAAAAAACAUCGCUCUGAAUCUGAAGAUGAAUCUGCUACCAAGAUUGCCGAACGUGAGUUGGCAAUGUUUGGUUACUAGGGUGGCAUGAGCCGUGAGUGGGGCAUUGAAUUCUGGAAAGCAGUUUCAUGUCUGGAUUGAAAGCGCAAUGGAAAUAUGAAUUAGAAUACGUGUACUGUCCUGUUAUAUGAAAAUGACUUCACCGAGCGUUUCAUGACUGCCUGCCAUAGAAUUGUUUAAUUGAUUUGUUUCAAUAAAAAUUUUAUACUGAUGUAAGUUUACCAUUUUUGGCAAAAGGAAUGGCUGUUUUGGUCGCAGUGCUUAUACUAUUAAAGAUAAUAUUAAUUUACAGCUUUACACUGAUUUUUCCAGAUCAAACCAUCAUGGCACAGAGUGGAAACGGAGCAGCAAGUGAGAGUGAUGUUACAUCACUUGGUACCGGACAAGAGCUGAACUUUGAUGAUGACACACUGAAAAGUAAAGACUCUUACAACUGUUAAUAGUGUAUCACCAGAUGGCCUUUAACACAGCAAACUAAAAGGUGUUGUUGUCAAUGUGGUCAUAGCCGCCAAAUGUUUUUAAAGAGCAAACGGGAUUUAUCUAAUUAACAAUGCUUUUAUGAGGAAUUUUUAUCAACAAACAAGUAAACUUAACCGAGUUUCACUUAAUUGGACCAAAAAGAAAUAAUAUGUUUUUUAAGAGUUACUUUGAUUAUGGCACAUUGCUGCAUUUAACUCCCGAUUCUGUUUUUAAAUGUGGUUCUGUCACGCGUUACUGAAGUGGCACUGUAACUUGCUGCUACUAAAUGGAUUGACUACGUAACAAAAUAAUGAAUAUUUGAAAAAAACAUCGCUCUGAAUCUAAAGAUGAAUCAGCCAAUGAGGUUGUCAAAAGGAAGGUUGGCAAUGUUUGGUUACUAGGGUGGCAUGAGCCGUGAGUGGGGCAUUGAAUUCUGGAAAGCAGUUUCAUGUCUGGAUUGAAAGCGCAAUGGAAAUAUGAAUUAGAAUAAGUGUACUGUCCUGUUAUAUGAAAAUGACUUCACCGAGCGUUUCAUGACUGCCUGCCAUAGAAUUGUUUAAUUGAUUUGUUUCAAUAAAAAUUUUAUACUGAUGUAAGUUUACCAUUUUUGGCAAAAGGAAUGGCUGUUUUGGUCGCAGUGCUUAUACUAUUAAAGAUAAUAUUAAUUUACAGCUCUACACUGAUUUUUCCAGAUCAAACCAUCAUGGCACAGAGUGGAAACGGAGCAGCAAGUGAGAGUGAUGUUACAUCACUUGGUACCGGACAAGAGCUGAACUUUGAUGAUGACACACUGAAAAGUAAAGACUCUUACAACUGUUAAUAGUGUAUCACCAGAUGGCCUUUAACACAGCAAACUAAAAGGUGUUGUUGUCAAUGUGGUCAUAGCCGCCAAAUGUUUUUAAAGAGCAAACGGGAUUUAUCUAAUUAACAAUGCUUUUAUGAGGAAUUUUUAUCAACAAACAAGUAAACUUAACCGAGUUUCACUUAAUUGGACCAAAAAGAAAUAAUAUGUUUUUUAAGGGUUAUUCCAAUUAUGGCACAUUGCUGCAUUUAACUCCCGAUUCUGUUUUUAAAUAUGGUUCUGUCUCGCGCUACUAAGGUGGCACCGUAACUCGCUGCUACUAAAUGGAUUGACUGCGUAACAAAAUAAUGAAUAUUUGAAAAAAAACAUCGCUCUGAAUCUGAAGAUGAAUCAGCCAAUGAGGUUGUCAAAAGGAAGGUUCACAAUGGUUGGUUACUAGGGUGGCCUGAGCCGUGAGUUGGCCACUGAAUUCUGAAAAGCAGUUUCACGUCUUGAUUGAAACCGCAAUGGAAAACUGAAUGAGAUUGCGUGACUGUCGCGCUUUUCACGACUGCCUGCCUCAGAAUUGUUUAAUUGAUUUGUUUCUAUAAAAGUUUUAUGCUAAUAUAAGUUUACUACUUGUGGCAAAAUGAAUGGCUGUUUUGGUACCAGUGCUUAUACAAUGUGGCAAAAUGAAUGGCUGUUUUGGUACCAGUGCUUAUACAAGUGAAGAUAAUAUUAAUCUAAAGCUUUAUUUAAUACUGAUUUUUCCAGAUCAAACCAUCAUGGCCCAGAGUGGAAACGGAGCAGCAAAUGAGAGUGAUGUUACGUCACUUGGUACCGGACAAGAGCUGAACUUUGAUGAUGGCACAUUGAAAGGUGAAGAUUCUUACAACUGUUAA